AUGCGAAUUUCACAGAAAGCACUUGCAGGACUAAGACGCAUCGAAUUGGAUGGCCUGAGAUGGAGAGUUUUUGAUGCAAAAGGGCAGGUCUUGGGUAGACUAGCAUCCCAAAUAGCAACUGUGGUUCAGGGGAAGGACAAGCCUACAUAUGCUCCCAAUCGAGAUGAUGGGGAUAUGUGCGUCAUUAUCAAUGCGAAAGAUGUAUGUGUUACUGGAAGGAAAAUGACUGACAAGUUUUAUCGGUGGCAUACAGGGUACAUAGGCCACCUGAAGGAAAGGAGUUUGAAGGAUCAGAUGGCGAAGGAUCCCACGGAAGUUAUCCGCAAAGCUAUCAUGCGAAUGCUUCCUAGAAACAAACUGCGUGACGAUAGAGACAGAAAAUUGAGGAUAUUUGCUGGCAGUGAGCACCCUUUUGGUGAUAGGGCUAUCGAACCUUAUGUGAUGCCGCCUAGACAAGUGCGUGAAAUGCGACCCCGUGCAAGACGUGCUAUGAUUCGAGCUCAAAAGAAAGCUGAGGAACAAGCACAGGGUACUUCAAACACCAAAAAAGGCAAGAAGAGAGACAAGCCUGAAGCAGAAAUUAGCGCAUGAUGGCCCGAGCUUUGUUUGUCUGCUGACACAAUUCUGAUGAUCGGAAUCGCAUGUGUGCUGGUAUACUUGAUCAAUAUGAUGUUACUUCAUCGUUUUCCUUAGGGAUUUAGUUUUGAUUAGAGGAAACUUUGAAUGAAAUUCAGGAAAUUAUAUUUGAUUUGGUUUUCUUUUUGAAA